UCUCUGCAUCACUUCUCGUUCUCUGCACUCACAGAGCGGAGCAAAAGCGAAAAGACCUCAGUCAGGUCUUGCUCGUUGGAGCUGGUGUAUCUUGUUUGUGUGUGCGUGGUGUGUCAUUCGCUCGUAAAUAUUCGCUGAUUGUGGACACUCGUACGGAGUUGGGUACGUUACGGACUCGGGGCGAUAGAGGACAAUACAACACCAACUCCACGAGUCCAAAGACUGUAAAUUCUGCAAGUACUGUACACCGCAAACAAAGCUGCGAUGGCCGAUGCCCGCAAAACUCGUGGAGUUGCAGCGGGUCUAGGUGGUCGAGCUCGGAGUCUCCUUUUGCUCUCCCUCUCCGUAGCUCGGCUAUGAAUCGUCCCGUGCAGGUAUUGCCGAAGUGGCGACGAAGCAGCUGAGUGGCCGAGGAGGUCAUGGGGAAAGGAUGAAGAAGCUCAUAACCGCGGCGACGAGGAGCGAAUUGGCCCUGCUGCUCGUGGCCGAGGGUUCGAUGGUCACUGGUGGAGGCGCCGGUGGCGGCGAGUCGUCCGGACGCGGUGGAUCAGCGCCUCGUAGGGCCAGGCUGCGCGUCGUCGGCGUCUGUCUGCUGCUCGCCCUCGCGGGCAUGCUCUACCUCGGCUACUUCUGUCCGGAGCACGUCUGCGCCCUGACCAGCCGCGAUCUCAAGGAGACCGCCAGGAUAACCGAACCCUUACUUUCGGGUAACACUUUGGGACUGAGAUCUAAUUCACUGGAAUUGGAGAAGAACAAUUUUGUGCCUGUGCAUCCAGCAUUUAAACUGCAGAGUAUUCCAGGAAGCCUUGGCUAUGACGACUUCUUUCUCAAUGAUACCCUUCAGUUUAAUAUCAGUGCACAUGAUGUAAUAGUUUUCUUGCACAUCCAAAAGACUGGGGGUACCUUAUUUGGUAAACAUUUAGUUCGUGAUCUUGAUCUGACAAAGCCAUGCACAUGUCAGAGGCGGCGCAAGCGUUGCUUCUGUCACCGUCCAUAUCGCAAGGAAAAUUGGCUAUUUUCGCGCUACUCCACUGGGUGGAAGUGCGGUUUACAUGCCGAUUGGACUGAAUUGACGAGCUGUGUUGAUACCGAGCUUAACAAAAUCGAAGGGAAUAAUUUCAAGCGAAGAUAUUUUUAUAUAACGAUCAUCCGAGAUCCGGUUGCAAGAUAUCUGUCCGAGUUCAGGCAUGUACAGAGGGGUGCUACGUGGAAAGGUGCUCGACAUUGGUGCGGUGGAACUCAAGCUAAUAUACCCCAAUGUUAUCCAGGUAUUAACUGGCAAGGAGUGUCCUUAGAAGAGUUCAUGGCCUGCCCUUACAACCUAGCAAACAACAGGCAAACGAGAAUGUUAGCGGAUCUAUCUCUCAUUGGCUGUUACAAUUCCUCGCUGAGCCCUGAAGAACGAGAUCGGUUAAUGCUAGCGAGUGCCAAGCGCAAUUUGAAAUACAUGCCAUUUUUUAUGCUCACAGAAUAUCAAAAGGUAGGGCAAUACUCCUUUGAGGAAACGUUCAAACUGAGAUUUGCUGUCGCGUUUGAGCAGCACAAUGCAACACUAAGUGCUGCAACUAUGGCAACUCUUACUCCGGGACAGCUAGAGGCCGUUCAGCGGCUUAAUAAGCUGGACCUUGAACUGUACCGCUUUGCGACGGAUCUUGCGUUUCAGAGGUUCCGCCGACUACGGGAUCGUGACCCGUACUUUGUUCAACGUUUCAAGCACCUUGGCGAGUUACCCUCGAGACAGAGUGCCACCGAGUUUAAUUGGGACUCGGCGGUCGAGGAUACUACGGACUUUGACUAAAACUGCGUUUCUGUGUACAGUACUAAAGUCGAACACAAUAUGUGAAAGUUUUCCU